AGGGGUCUCAUUCAUUUAUUACAUUUUGUGCUGAAACUGCGAGUUCACCCUAUGUUCCCACUGUUCAUCCCCCUUCCCCCAUUUGGAAAAUUCUCUUUUCAAGUAGAAGCAGCAUAUGUAAUAAGUAUAUUGUUACCCCUUCUCCUUAUGUGUUGAGUUGUUUUCUUUGAAGUAGAUUAUAAAUCCACAUAAGAAUUAAUGAAUCAAUAAAUAAGACUUAUUUUCCAUUUCUCUUUAUCCAAGGUAUCUGUUUACACUGUAGUCCUUGGGAUCAGAGAUUGUUUUGCUUUCAGUUUUUUCUAUCAUCAGUUUCAAAUCUAGUACCCGUACCUAGGCCAUGUAGAAGUUGAUGAAUCAAGAGGAAUGCACAUUUGUGAAGAUGCUGUAAAGAGAUUGAAAGCUCCUCGUACAAUAAUAGCGCUCGACUUGUCCCUCCUGUUCCUCCAGGAAAGGAAGUUCUUCAAAGGCUUCUUUGGAAAAACUGGAAAAAAGGCCGUGAAAGCAGUCCUGUGGGUUUCAGCAGAUGGACUCCGAGUUGUGGAUGAAAAAACUAAGGACCUCAUAGUUGACCAGACAAUAGAGAAAGUUUCUUUCUGUGCCCCAGACAGGAACUUUGACAGGGCUUUCUCUUAUAUUUGUCGUGAUGGCACAACACGGCGUUGGAUUUGCCAUUGCUUCAUGGCUGUUAAAGACACGGGAGAAAGAUUGAGUCAUGCAGUGGGUUGUGCUUUUGCAGCCUGCCUGGAACGGAAGCAGAAACGGGAGAAGGAGUGUGGUGUGACAGCCACUUUUGAUGCCAGCAGGACCACAUUUACCAGAGAAGGCUCUUUCCGCGUCACCACAGCUACUGAGCAAGCAGAAAGAGAGGAGGUCAUGAGGCAGAUCCAAGAUACAAAAAAAGCUGAAGCAGAUGUGAAGACUUCGGUGGCUUCAUCAGCAACACCCAAUAACUCUGUCCCAUCCCCGUCUUCUCCUACCUCCCCAACUACUGAUACCACUGCCUCCCUUGAGAUGAAUAAUCCCCAUGCUAUCCCUCGACGUCAUGCACCAAUUGAACAGCUUGCCAGACAAGGUUCAUUCCGAGGCUUUCCUGCCCUUAGUCAGAAGAUGUCACCUUUCAAACGUCAGCUGUCCCUGCGCAUCAAUGAGUUGCCUUCCACUAUGCAAAGGAAGACUGAUUUCCCCAUCAAAAAUGCAGUGCCAGAAGUAGAAGGGGAAGCAGAGAGCAUCAGUUCCUUGUGCUCACAGAUCACUAAUGCCUUCAGCACACCCGAGGACCCUUUCUCAUCUGCCCCUAUGACCAAACCAGUGACAGUGGUGGCGCCCCAGUCCCCUGCCUUUCAAGCUAAUGGCAUUGACCCUGCCUUCCAUGUGUUUGCUGCUAAGCCAGCCCAAACUGCUCUAGCACCCACAGCAUUACCUGUUCGUGAAACCAACCCUUGGGCCCAUGCCCCUCCUGCUGCUAACAAGGAAGUUGCAGCUACACAUCCGGGUACAGAAUGGGGCCCUUCAUCUGGAGCGGCCUCACCAGGGAUCUUCCAAGCUGGUCAUCGGCGCACACCUUCGGAAGCUGACCGAUGGUUGGAUGAGGUGUCCAAGACGGUGCGGGCCCAGCAGUCCCAGGCUCCAGCCACCCCUCUGCAGCUGCCUCUUUCCCAGGUGCCUGCCUUCCAGGGAAGUGCUUUUGCUGGCUCUCCGCCCGUGCCAGUGGGCGUGGUACCUCCCAUGCAGCCGGCCUUUGUCCCUGCCCAGACCUACCCCGUAGCCAACGGGAUGUCCUACCCCUCCUCCAGCGUGCCUGUGGUCGGUAUCACGCCCUCACAGAUGGUGGCCCAUGUGUUCGGCACCGCGGGCCACGCCCAGGCGAGUCUCCCCCACCAGUCGCCCGGCUUGGCCAAGCAGCAGACAUUCCCUCAGUAUGAGCUGAGCAGCGCCGCGGCCAGCCCUUUCUUCAAGGCCUCUGCCCAGCACCUCAAUGGCUCUGCCGCUUUCAAUGGGAUAGACAGUAGCAAGUUGGCCUCAGGGGACAAGCCCUUGGAAGCUUCUGCUCCCACUGACCCAGUGGAUCCUUUUGAAGCUCAGUGGGCUGCAUUAGAAGGCAAGUCCAAACAACGCACUAACCCGUCACCAACUAAUCCUUUCUCCAGUGACUUACAGAAGACAUUUGAGAUUGAACUUUAAGCAGUCCUUGUGGCUUGUGCGUAUGGUCUGUCUUUUAGGUGAGGGAAGUGGGUUAAAUGAGCAAGGGGGACUUUCUUUUUCUGAUUAGCACACUUUUUGGUAAUCCCAAAGGCCCUCUGGAACACAGUGCAGGAAAGAAUGAUUUUUAAGAAAAUUGCUUUUUAAAAAUCCCUACAGAUGGCCUUGCCCUGCAGUUAGGGUAAAAGAGUCAUAGAAAUGUGCCCCUCCCCUGCCUUUCUUCCUCUACAGCCCACAUAUCCUGGAGAAACAAAGUGGCUGAAGACAAGGAGCAGAAAACUGAAGCCCAUUUGCAGGAUGCAGAAUGUGAUAGAAAAUAAUUGAGAUCUACCUUUGUUUUUCAGUACAUCUGCCUGCUCCCCCUAUAAGAGAGAAGGAGCAACAGCAGCAGAAUGUGCUGCCUGCCAGGAUUAAGGAAUAGGGGGAAGAAGCAUCACUAGCCCAGCAAAAGCUAUCUUUUUUGGGGAGAAAGGUGAACUUCCACCUUAAGUAACAAUGGAUAUUAUAUAAAUAUAUAUAAAUAUAUUACAAAAAAGCCAAAAUUUUUAUUUUUAUGCAUUUAGAAUAUUUUAAAUAGUUCAAUAUUAAAAAGUCAUAAGAGUUGUAAGUAAUCUUGCCAAAGGGAAAGGACGGUUAGCUGUAAGAAAUUGUAUAUAAGAUUGAUUUAUCAUUGAUUCCUAUCUAAAGUAACCAGAAAAAGGUUAGAGGGUAUGACGAAGGGGAUUCCUAAUUUGUUCUAUAGCAUACCAUGUAAGUAGCACAUUGCAACCACAAUCAUGAGUCAUGACCAAUAAAGUUCCUAGGUGGUUAGUAUUCAAUAAAGACAAUGAAAGAGCAGUAUUGUCCUGGCUUUCAAAUUACUGCAAAA